ACAUCAGAUCUUCUGAUGGAGUUUGACUGAAUCUUCUGCCUCUGUCAGACUCCACUGAUCAGCACAACAUGAAGAAAUGAGUCCAUUUCAGCUGCAUCAGUGCAGUUUACCUGAGGAACUGAAGCUUUGAAAGAACAGAAACAGUCAAAGAUCAUUUUUAGAGAGUUAUUAUUUAGAGUUUCGUCUGACUUGGACAACAAUAUUCAAGUCUUGAUUUCAUCUCAUGUGUCUUUUCCUGCAUCAGCUGUUCAAACUUUUCUCAUCUGUGUCCAGAUCAGGUUUUAAAUUCACCAAACAGGGAGGAGAAUUUAACACUCGCAUUGAGCUCAGUUUUUGUGUGAACAGAGGUCCAGAGGUCACAGAGGUCACAGAGGUCAGGGGCCCCGGGACCAGAGCAGUUUAAGCUGCUGACUAUCACUCAGUUAGAGGGAGAUCGUACCUGCUCACCAAAGUUAAAUAGAGCAACAACAGGUGUUCAAGGCACAGAGUUGGAAUGAGAGGCUCCAUUCUCCCUAUUAGAAGUCAGUGUACCAUCAAAAUGAAUGCCACUGAAACCACAGGUGUGAUACCACAAGUACUGAUGUCAGACAACAUGUUAGACUACACAGACACUGAUGUCAACACUGUCUGGUUGUGCGAUCUCAGUGACUCCAAACUUACUAAAGGUUAAAGUGGUUUUUAUCAGAGUUCAGUCGUCAUUAGAGGGUAAAACCUCCAGAGCUCUGCUGCUGUCCAACCCACACUCUCAUCAAAACACUUCCCCUUCAAUUCUCAGAAAAAAUGACUUCAGAGACACAAUGAGGAACCAACAGGUCUCAGGUCAGUAACAUGUCAUCUUAUCUGUGUUCUUUCCCAGCUGCUACAGACGUGUUAAAAAAAAGAGCUGCAUUAAUGCAAACAUUUCUAACUAACAGUCUUCACACCUUUAGCCUCCUCAGUCCUUUUUCUGUUCAGGGUGUCAAACACGUCACUGUCAGAGACACAGUCUGCACUUGUUGAAUCUUAAUAUAGUUUUCUCUCUGCAGCAUUAAAUGAGCUCAGAUCCUGUUCUAUCUGCAGAAACUUAUUCCUUCUCUUAAUAAUGAACUAUUGUCUAACAGUCAGGUCUCCAUCCAACAUGCUCAUUGCAGUUUUACAGGAUCUUUGUCAGACUGCUGUGACCUCUGACCUCUUCAUUAUGUUAGCUAUGCUGCUUAGCCUUUGAGGGUGAUGACAGGAGGCUGGAUCCAGUCCCAGUUAACCUAAGCUGCAUGUCUUUGGACUGUGAGAAGAAGGGCACACAGGCACAGGGAGAACAUGCAAACUCCACACAGAAAAGCUCCAUGUUGUUGUGAGGUGACAGAGCUAACCACUGCACCACUGUGCCGCCCUUCUGCUCAUGACUCUAACUCAAAAACCAGAGCAAAAAUAAUCAUGACCACAUGACAUCAUACUGAUCACAGGAAGUAUGUGAUGUUGGUCUGUAUAAGAUGAACCAUUUUAGAGACUCUGACAGUUAGGAUGGACAGAGAAAGGAGAGAGACAGAGCAGCACCAUGGCUGAAUUCAGAUGGAUUCAAAUGUCUUUAUUAAUGAUCCUGCUGCUUCAGUUCACAGCAACAGCUACUGGACAGUUUUCCUCCAUCACUGUCAGAGAUGAAGAUGAAGUCACUUUGUCCUGUGAAAAUGUGAGAGAUGAUCAGGAUCAAUGUGACAGAACUGACUGGGUGUUCAUUAGUUCAGGAAGCAGAGCAGCAGCAUGGCUGUUUGACCAUGGGAAGAUUCACAGAGCAGCCAAAUCUAAAUCAGACAGACUGAGUCUCACAGAGAACUGUUCUCUGGUUAUAAAGAAGGUCACAGUUGAGGAUGCUGGUCAGUACACCUGCCGACAGUUUGACAAAUUAGGACGACAACAAGGUCAAGGUGCUGCAGUUCACCUGUCUGUUGUUUCCAUGACUGAUCGUAACGACAUUGAUCAGGUGACAUUAUACUGCUCUGUGAGGACAUAUGACCACUGUAUACACACAGUGAAGUGGCUGUAUGAGGGUAAAGAUGUGGCUACAGAUGACAAAGGGUUGAGGACAUCAUCGUCUUCCUGCAGAGCCUCUGUGACCUUUCUGACUUCUCAUUACAUUUACAAAUCAACGUCUAAGCUCUUUUCUUGUGAAGUGACUGAUGGUUACAACGAGCAACAGUUUACCUUCAGCCUUCAGUCCUCACCUGAGAAGUCAGGUGACGACUCAACAACAACAACAACAACAACAACAACAACAGCAACAGCAACAACAACAACAACAACAACAACAACUACAACAACAACAGCAGCAACAACAACAACAACAACAACAACAACAACAGCAUCUCCAACCAGUGACGCUUCAACAAAACCAACAGGUGACAACACAAUAACAGCAACAAUAAGAAACAGUGUAAAACCAGGUGUGACCACGACAGCAACUACAACAACAACAACAACAACAAACAACGUAAAACCAGACUGGUGGAGGUUCAUCAUUGUGUCUGUGGGUUUAGCAGCACUCAUAACAAUAGUUGUGGCAGUCAACAUAUGGUCAAGAACUGAAGGGAAAAAAACACAGACGGAUGAAAACAGUGUGUGUGAUGAUGAAGAUGAUGGUAGAGUGACUUAUGAAAACAUCAGAUCUUCUGAUGGAGUUGGACUGAAUCUUCUGCCUCUGUCAGACUCCACUGAUCAGCACAACAUGAAGAAAUGAGUCCAUUUCAGCUGCAUCAGUGCAGUUUACCUGAGGAACUGAAGCUUUGAAAGAACAGAAACAGUCAAAGAUCAUUUUUAGAGAGUUAUUAUUUAGAGUUUCGUCUGACUUGGACAACAAUAUUCAAGUCUUGAUUUCAUCUCAUGUGUCUUUUCCUGCAUCAGCUGUUCAAACUUUUCUCAUCUGUGUCCAGAUCAGGUUUUAAAUUCACCAAACAGGGAGGAGAAUUUAACACUCGCUUUGAGCUCAGUUUUUGUGUGAACAGAGGUCCAGAGGUCACAGAGGUCACAGAGGUCAGGGGCCCCAGGACCAGAGCAGUUUAAGCUGCUGACUAUCACUCAGUUAGAGGGAGAUCGUACCUGCUCACCAAAGUUAAAUAGAGCAACAACAGGUGU